CGUAGCGCGCGCUGCUUGUAGGGCGCAUGGGCGGCGAGGUGCACAGAUUUCCCGCCAUUUUAGUUUUCGUGUUCGAAUUUUCGUUCGAAAUUUUGUUUCUGUGAUUUCGUUUUACUUUUACAAUUGUAUAAAAAAGUUUGGACCAAGAAGUUUGUUACAAUGACUACCUCACACAACCAAAGAGCCAUGCAUCGUAUAUCACCAAGCCACUCAGUUUGUAGGCGUCUCUUCCCCGACGAGUCAGCAGACGAAGCUAGGACCGACAACUUCGCCAACGUCCUCCAGGAGUCCUUGGCUACUGACAGCGCCCAGAAAAUGCUGAAGUGGAACUUUGACUUCAAAAACGAAGUGCCACUCGAAGGCGACUACGAAUGGUUCCGAUGUGACGGACCAGAUGACUGGAUCGCCAUCAAACCAGGGAAAAAGAUCGAGGAGCCUGACGAACAGGAGUCACUGCUAAUGCAAACAGAAAACGAAACAACACCCAAAAGUAAUCACGAAGACGCAUCAGCCCCAGUAAUAAGAAAGAGAAGAAAUAAUUUAGAUCAUUCAUAUGCCAAAGGAGAAGUGAAACGGAAACUUAGUUUCGAUAAAGUUACAUUCGGCAGCCAAUAAGAAGUCAAAACGAAAAUUUUAGCCAAUCAGAAGCCAUGACCAUAACGUGAUAUGAAAUGCAAGCACGCUUGAGUUAAAAGGUUAUUUGUAAGACAGAUUACUUUGUUGAAAAUACUUAUAACACAAAAUGAUCUAUUUUACAUACAAACUAAAUUAAAGAAUGGCGUUUAGUAUGGGGAAACAUGCAUUAAGAAUCUUUAAGACGCUUACAGAUCGUGCCAGGCAUUGACAUAGGCAAUUAGGAUAUUUUAUAUAUAAUAAUUUAGAUAAUGUAAUUAAUAUUUUGGUGUUACGGGGGGUAAUAAAUGACGAUCGUUUUUUGUAGAAUAUAGAUUACUUAAAAGUAAGACAAUGCUGCUAUGUUGCAAUGCGCUGGAUCGAUCGUCGUGGAGAUCCUUGGAGGAGGCCUAUGCCCAGCAGUGGGCGUCGUACGGCUGAUGAUGAUGAAGACAAUGUUACAAUAUGAAUAACUCAAAGUUACAUUGUGGCUCAUCUUUCAAAUUGCCUACGUGGCUAUGUAGUUAUUAAACAUAAUAUAUUUUUAGAGCACAACUUAGAUACGAUUUGUAGUUAUUGUGUUUUCUUGUAUUUAGGUAUUUUGGAAAGACUGUUUGAUUUUUAUUGAAAAUUGCUAAGCUCUAGGUAUAUUUUAGCUUUUAUAAAUAUUCUAUUCUAUUCCACUAUCACAUCACAUUAAUUCUUUUUGUAAAAUAUUUUUACCUUAAACUUACACUUUGAUCUCUAAAUUUCACAUUCUUAGUGUAUAGAUUUUUGAAUAUCUUUUUAAAUAAUGAAGGACGAAUGUGAUCACCGAAUUUAGAUUUUAAAAUUAACAUUUGUAGUGAGAUUCAUUUUGUAAUGUUAACACUAUUUUAGGUUAAUUUCUUUAAGUAGAUAAUAACGAUGCUGAGCGUAAAUAACGGGUUUGUCGCAAACGGCGUAACGUUAUUUAUGCUCAUUAGGGGGUACAUAAACAGCCUAUAUACGUCCCACUGCUGGGCACAGGCCUCCCCUCAAUCAACCGGAGGGGGUAUGGAGCAUACUCCACCACGCUGCUCCACUGCGGGUUGGUGGAGGUGUUUUUACGGCUAAUAGCCGGGACCAACGGCUUCACGUGCCCUCCGAAGCACGGAAUUAUCUUACUUUUUCGGACAAUCAGGUGAUUCAAGCCUGAAAAGUCCUUACCAAACAAAGGACAGUCUCACAAAGUGAUUUCGACAAUGUCCCCAUGGGGAAUCCAACCCGGACCUCCAGAUCGUGAGCCUAACGCUAUAACUAGACCACGAAGGCUGUUAGGGGGUAUUAAGACUAAAAUAUCUAUACGCAAUGGUGCUAAUUCCUGUAGACACCAUCUAAUUUUAUUUUAAGUUAUAUCUGUAAUUUUCUCAUCCGAAGAAAAGGAAAGGGACAGGUAAUCGACAAGCAUAAAAUUUAUGGAACACACAUCUAAAACAAAUAACCCUAUAAAAAUUACAUUGGUCAAUAACCCGAUAGAAUUAAGUUGACAGCACACGUCAAAAGGUUUGCUUACCAGCGAGAUAGCUUUUUGAUUCGCCCGGGUUAUUCAUUCGUUUACUCAUUCUUCCUAAGAAUGCCUUUCUUUUUCGGCGGGUAAGAAAAUGAAAGGUAUAACUUAAAGUAAAAUUAGGUGUCUGCAGGAAUCGGGGCCAAUAUGUUGAACUAAUAAGUAUGUAUCAUAAACAAUAUAUAUCCGCGAUUCCCUCCUUUGAGUGAAAGGAGGCCUUUGCCAUGCAGUGGGACAUAUAUAGGCUGUUUAUGCUAUAAUAUGUUCAUCUGUUUUAUGCUUUUCACGAUUUUAAUUUUGUAUUUUGUAUUUUAAGAUCGUAGGUUCGUCCACACUAGGGUAUAAAUCGCGAUAUAUUAUGUUAUCUACGUAAAAAGUACCUGUUGUUUGGUAGAUCUGAAUGUGAUUUCACAACUUGUGCCUACUUCGUCGUCGCAUGAGACUAAUGUGGAUGAAAUAUUACAUCUAAAAAGAGUGAUUUUACUCCAUGACUGGGUUCGACA